GGAGAGGUAAACAAACCCCUACCAUGCCAUACACAUUCCCUUGGUCUCAAAAUUAUUGACUCUGAUUUCAUUAUGUAAUAGAGAAGGUGAUUUGAAAAGUAUGACUCACUUUAACAAAUUGUGCAGGGAUAACUAUUUCGAAUUUGUUCGGGAAAAAUUUGAAGACCAGCAGACACAGCAUGGCGACACCAAAUAUGCAGGAAAUUGAUCCAGAUGCAGCAGUCAAACAGUUUAAAGAGUUCAUAGGAGCAUAUAACAAAAUUACUCAGAUGUGUUUCAAGGACUGCAUUCAUGAUUUCACCUCAAGGAAGAUAUCCAAUGCAGAGAAUAGCUGUGCCCUGAACUGCUUAGAGAAAUAUUUAAAGUCGACACAGAGAAUAUCGACCCGAUUCCAGGAGCACCAUUUACAGUACACCGACGACUCGCCAUACAAAGCUAUGGCCGGCAAAAGUUGAUGAUUGGUUAUAAUUAAGGAGGACAAUUAUAGAAUUAUUCAGGUUGAAUGUCUGUUGAAGGGACGUGUUCAUAAUGUCUGUUUCUCUACAAAGAUAUGGAGUAACAUGACUGUUUUAUACCUUUUUUUGUCAAAUGCAUGACUGCCAUCAACUUUAUCAUGCAUGUCUAAGCAAAACAGCAAGAUGAUCAAAUGCACACUCCAGCCAACGGGAAGAUGCUUUUGAUGGUUAAAUACUGAAAGAAGUUGUAUGUUAUGGUAGCACGAGUUGGUGGCAUCAACUUUGACAUAAUGUGAUAAAAUGAUGUAAUGGUAAUGCAGUAAAAAAUAUGUAAACAGUUA